CAGGAGACAGAGUCCACAACAGACAUUGUUCCAACUGGAAUCGCUGACUGAGGGUGCACCCAACAGAGUUCCAAGACCAUGGAGCCUGUGGCCCUCCAGGAUUAUAUCUGUUCCCUGAACCCAGCAUCCCUCCCCCGAGUUCUGAAGAUAUGCUCCGGGGUGUAUUUUCAGAGUUCUAUCUAUGAACUCGCUGGGAGUGAGUGCUGUUUGUCCACUGGAGACCUCAUAAAAAUUAUCCAGAUUAAGCUCAAGAAAGUGAUCUGUGAAAACACCAAAACAGGCCACAUCACUGAGCUCUCUCCUGAUUUCCCAGGCUACUUCAGCUCAACCGUCAGCCCUCAGUUCUGUGGUACUCUGAACAAACUGCUAUUUGCUGCCCCCCAAAACGGGGCACUACCUGUGUACUUCAGCUCAGUGUAUGACAUCCAAGUGGCAGGCAGAGCUGUGCCCAGGAACCAGCCCCUCGUGCUGACAGCUGUGGAGAUGGACAAGGGUAUCCACUACGCCCACUGCACGAUGGACUCAAGAAGCCACAAAACCACCACCUCCCUACCUUUGUCUCUGCAAGGGACUUUUUACAGCUGGGGACCAGCCUUCCCACAGACAUUACUGCAGACGUUGCAGGACCCUGUUCUGCUGGAUCAACCCCUGGUCUGCCCCGCUCUCCACUGGGACCCCCUGAUCCUCCAGCCUGAGUACGAGAUUGAUGCCAUCAUGAACAUGCGUAGGAACAUCGUGAAGAUCCCGUCCACCCUGGAGGUGGAUGUGGAGGACGUCACUGGCUCCUCGGAACACCUUCUUCAGCACUUCAUCAAGCCUUUGCUGCUAAGCGAAGUCUUGGCCCAGGGUGGGCCCUUCCCGAUGCGGGUGAAGGUCCUGGAGGUCCCCGACGGCCCUCCCGUCUUUCAUAGGUCCCUGAAGAAGGGUCAGACGCUCGUGGUCCACGGCCCAGCCUCCCCUCCGUGGCGGGUACUGGCCUCCAGCAGGGGCCGAAAAACCUCUCGACACUUUUUCAUCUCAGGAGCCUACAAGGGCAAAUUGAGGCGCCGGCCCCGAGAGUUCCAUACGGCUUUUGACCUCCUGGGCGCUCUGGAGCCCGGCUUCCCUCUCCAUGUAGUGGCCACCCAGGACUGGGAGGGUGAGGCCGGAGACUCCACUUCCCCUUCCCUUUCCAGAGGUGACCGGAUGGAGGUGCUGGGGAAGGAGCAGGGCCCCAGUGGGGAGGUUCUGGUCUGUAACCGGCUGAAUGAUCUGGCCGAGGAGGAGGAAGAGGAAGAGGGAGAAGGGGAGGAAAGAGAACAGCUCUUGCUGCCCCUCUACUUCUCUUGUGGUUUUGUGGAAGAGAUGAGUGAUGGCAAACGCUACAGUCUGGCCAGCCUGAUCACCCAGGUCUCUCUGCCCUGUGAAGUCAAGGUCUUGGGCAAGGACCCUUCCCUUGCCGAGGACCCCCUGCCCUCCUUCCUUGGCCUCCAGCUGGAGGAGAAGAUCACAGAGCCCUUCCUGAUCAUCAGUCUAUCCACUGACCCUAGAAUGUGCUUUGAGAUCCCCCCCAGAUGGCUAGACCUGACUGUAGUGGUGGUCAAUGAGCCACUGGGGGAGCAAGAGGAGCCAUUGUUAAUCUCCACAGUGGAAGAAUUAACAGAAGCCUUCUACUACAAACUUCGGACUUUUCAAGACUGCGGCGUCCGCCCCCCACCCAGGCCCCCCAAAAACAAGCAAAAGAGUAGCCGUUCAGCCAAGCCUAAUCAACUCCCAGAGCCAGAGAAAAAGGCCUCUAAGCAGCUGCCUAAAGAUGCCAUCAAAAACUCCAGAACCUGGUCCUUGCCGCAGUCCUCCAAGAGCUGCUCAAACCUGUAUAGCGUAAAGUCCAAAUUCUGCCAAGUCCCCAAGCCCCUGAUGAAGAGCUCAGAGCAGAGAGAAUCUGCCGACGACUCUGACCAUGAUUAUGAGAAUCCUGAGGAGGAGUUCGUCAGGAACAAGGAGACCCUAGAUCCCUACGGUGACCACAGCUAUGAGUGUGUGGAGGAGUUUCAUUCCCGCAGACCAUUCAGAUGAGGGACAAGGCCGCGCUCCCUUACCAGGACUAAGACAGGAAGGAUUCCACAGGGGACUCUCCCGGCUCCCUGUUGGUCCUAGGGUAUAGCUGAGAACGGAGGGGGGACAGCUCCGGCUCCCACACUAGUGAGUCCGGCCAUCCUCAGACUCCCUGCUCCUGAGCCCACCUGGGCUUCCAUCGACGAAGGCUCGCUCCACUAGCCCGGCCCAGAAGCUCACUGCUGUUGGCAUCUUCGUGCCAUCUUGCCCCUGGAGCACCCCACAGCCUCCCAGAUUCUGCUCUAGGAACAGGAAUUAAACCACCACGACCAGGCCCAGAAAAGGGCAUGUCAACCAGGGGCCCUUUGGUUCUGUCCAUCAUUCCUUAGGUCAGAAUAGCCAGGACAGAACCCUGUCCUUCCUCCCACUUGUGUUUUGUCUUUCCCGGUUAGAAGAUAAGGUUCCAGAGAUAACAUUUUAUGCAGUAGCAACUUUGUAAAGACAAAGAACUUUGAAAAACUUGAGGACUCUGAGCAAUAAAAUGGCCAGCCACCCUUCCAGGGGACUCGUGAUGAAGUAUGCCAUCCACCUCCUGAUGGGAAGAAAUGGAGCUGCUCAGGGGGUAGCGAAUAAGCCAGAUUUCUCUGGACGUUGCCAUUCAAAAUUUUGUUUGUACAUAUUUGGAGUUUUGCUUUUCUUUUUUUCUUCUCCAAUGGGGAGAAAUGGGAAGAAAAGAACAGAUUUUUAAGUGGAAAAAAAAUUUUUAAAUAAAAAAAUAAACGAAUGUAAACUCUUUAAAGGCA